AUGUUCAAUACUGAUGAGAUAUAUCCUGGUCGAACAGGCAAGCAUGAGACUGAUCCCAGCCUUUGGUCAUACGUUGAUUUUUUGGAAGUAAAUCAUACCCUUAUCAUCAAUUCACCACCUUUCAAAGAUCAGUGGAAUACUCUCGAUGGAAAAGAGCUAUUAGACGUAACGUUAAGGGAAGCUUUUGAGCGUAAGGUGAACCUGGAGCGUGCCAAAUCCAACCUGUACUCCUUUUGGCAAAAAGUGAUCACUGAGCGACUACGGAACCAAGUUCAAAUCACUUACGAAAAGGAAACCCUUCUUACGUUUGAUGAAUCAGGUAAAUUCUUUGGAAAGAAACUGCGCUUACCAUACCAUAAGGAGGCAACCUCUUCAGAUUGUAAACGUUUCCAUAGCACUUUAGAUUCAGAUUCAACUUCCCCUGUGGAGACAAAGAAGAUCAGACCCGGUGAAGAUGUGAAUGUUGAGGAAGCUAACAAUGACGAUGCUGUAAAAAUGACUUCGAUUGCAUAUCAGCAAUUUACGAAUAAAUAUCGAAAAAUUAAAGAAGAAGAUAAAUGGACUUUGUCAACUGAAAAAACUUUUUUAUUAUUUUCUUUGGCAGUAUAUGCUAGCACGUAUCAAAAUUUAGCGAUUCUAGAUCGUGCAUUCCAUGCAAUAAAAAGCCCAUCAUGGGCUACAUCACAGUUGAUUACAAAUGCGAUGCUGGGAUUACAAGUUAUAUAUAUUCUAUCGGGUACAGGAAGCUUCGAUGAUAUAAUAUAG